UCGCCCCGCCCACGGCCCCCUGAACGCUGGGGGAUGGGGGGACUGCACGGGGAGGGGCGGUCCCAAACGGGUCAUUUCCAUUAAUAGAGACCUCAAACACCGCCUGCUAAAAAUACCCAACUGGAGGCGCAUAAAAGCGCGACCUGGCUCCGCGGCCCGCACUUCUCCGAGCAGACGUCCCCAGCACAGCCGGCAGCAUGACCGAGCGCCGCGUCCCCUUCUCGUUCCUGCGGAGCCCCAGCUGGGACCCCUUCCGCGACUGGUACCCGCACAGCCGUCUCUUCGACCAGGCCUUCGGGAUGCCCCGGCUGCCGGAGGAGUGGUCGCAGUGGUUCGGCACCAGCAGCUGGCCAGGCUACGUGCGCCCCCUGCCCCCCGCCGCGGUCGAGGGCCCCGCGGUGGCCGCGCCCGCCUACAGCCGCGCGCUCAGCCGCCAGCUCAGCAGCGGGGUCUCGGAGAUCCGGCACACUGCGGACCGCUGGCGCGUGUCCCUGGACGUCAACCACUUCGCCCCCGAGGAGCUGACGGUCAAGACCAAGGAGGGCGUGGUGGAGAUCACGGGCAAGCAUGAGGAGCGGCAGGAUGAGCACGGAUUCAUCUCCCGCUGCUUCACCCGGAAAUACACGCUGCCCACUGGUGUGGACCCCACCCAGGUCUCCUCCUCCCUGUCCCCUGAGGGCACACUGACCGUGGAGGCACCCAUGCCCAAGCCAGCCACGCAGUCCAACGAGAUCACCAUCCCCGUCACCUUCGAGUCGCGGGCCCAGCUUGGGGGCCCAGAAGCUGCGAAAUCCGACCAGUCUGCAGCCAAGUAAAAGCCUUAGCCCGGAUGCCCACCCGUGCCACCUCCACUGGCCAUGCCCCCCCCACCUGUGUGUUCUUUUGAUACGUUUAUCUUCUGUUUUUCUCAAAUAAAGUUCGAAGCAACCCACUUGU